AUGUUUCGAACAACAUUUUAUCAACAGUGCAGCACAGCAAUAUGUUUAAACAACCAACGAUUAUCCGCUUACGUUCAGGUCAUCUCAAACGAAUUAUUUUUUCGAUCACCUAAGUGGUCACGUCUCUCACCGUCGGGUGGUUCAUUAGUCUCUGGCCGAGGCAAUUUCCGUCCUGGAUUCCUGUCACGAGCUGUCGGUAACCGCGUAUAUUUAGCAGAUCCAUUACUUGCAUUCAAGAGGUCCGAAUCAAUUAACGACAAAAAUCCACUCUAUUAA